UUCAAGCUGAGAAUUUAGACUUGUUUGUCUUGAACUGCCUUGAACUGUCUUGAACUUCCUCAUGCAGUCUCGUAAAUAUUUAAAAAGGUGGGUAUUCCGCUGGACCUAAAGUACUUUUGUGGAUCCUGGUAUAUACUUUUUGAUGCAUUCAGGCAAUACUAGUACUUGAGUCAACAUUUAAGUGUGUGUGUGUGUAUCUUAAAGAACUGAAAAGAGUUAAAAGGUUAGGGAGCAGAAUAGAUAUAGAACAUUUGAGAAAUGCAAAACGAAAUCAGUGGACUCAUUAUUAGAGCCUAUAUGAUUACACUAGUUAAAAUACUUUCUAAAACUUGCUUUUAUAAACUAAUUAUUUGCACUUUACCUGCUGGUUAUUCCAUUUUGGUAGAUAAAAUUCUGAAACUCCCAGCAGAGUUUUAUAAUCCCCAUUUGCUUAAAUAUACUAAAUGUUCUUUUUCCAUUAAGGUUAAUGUUCGUGAAGAAAUGGAAGAGUUUUUUCCAAGAAUGUGGAAGAUAAAUCAAGAUAAAAGAAGGCUAAUGAAAAGUAUUAAAGAUCAGAAAAUUAAAAUUGAAUGGGGGAAAAAAUUGAACAGAAGAUUGGUCAGAUAGAAGCACUUGAAUAUUUUUAAGGCUAUAAUGAAUUGUGUGAAUUGGGGAAGAAUACACGAAGUAUGAAAAAUGAAAAAAUGAAGAAUGAAGAAAAGUAGAAAGCAAGAGUGAAGUAGAAUUAAAAGAAUCUGGAAGAAUGAAUGGGUCCUAGGUUAAGUAAAUGAGUCGCGCUCCCAGUCAAAAUCUCCAGCUGGGAGCCCUGCUCGUGUAAAAUCUGAGAGCAGGUCAGGAUCUCGUAGCCCAUCAAGAGCUUCUAAGCAUUCUGAAUCACGAUCUCGAUCAAGAUCAAAAUCCAGGUCUAGAUCAAGAAGGCAUUCUCACAGGCGGUAUACUCGCUCUCGAUCCCAUUCUCACAGAAGGAGAUCACGAAGCAGAUCCUAUACCCCAGAGUAUCGUCGUAGAAGGAGCCGCAGUCAUUCACCAAUGUCCAACAGGAGAAGGCAUACUGGUAGCAGAGCUAAUCCAGAUCCUAAUACAUGUCUUGGAGUGUUUGGUCUCAGUUUGUAUACCACUGAGAGGGAUCUUCGCGAAGUCUUCUCCCGUUAUGGACCUUUAUCUGGUGUUAAUGUAGUUUAUGAUCAACGAACUGGGCGAUCUCGAGGAUUUGCUUUUGUUUACUUUGAAAGAAUAGAUGAUUCUAAAGAGGCAAUGGAACAUGCUAAUGGAAUGGAAUUGGAUGGUAGAAGGAUCCGUGUGGAUUACUCCAUCACAAAGAGAGCACACACACCCACUCCAGGCAUUUACAUGGGCAGGCCAACCCAUAGUGGCGGCGGCGGUGGAGGUGGAGGAGCUGGCCGUCGACGUGAUUCCUACUAUGACAGAGGAUAUGACAGAUAUGAAGAAUAUGAUUAUCGCUAUAGGAGGCGAUCUCCUUCUCCUUAUUAUAGCCGUUACAGAUCACGAUCAAGAUCUCGUUCCUACAGCCCAAGGCGCUAUUGAAGAACAGAAGCCAAUUACAUUUGCAAACAUGAUUUUUAAACAGCAAGUUCUGACCUAACUUUUCCUAUAGAUCCCCUAAACCCCAUUAAAAUUUGUGGGUUCAUUUAGAAUAUAUGUAUUUUCAGUUGAAAUAUCAGUUUGCCCAUCUCUUAUUGUAAUUCUUCAAGUGUAAUUGUUGUAGUUUUAUGUACGUAAAUGUCCUCAAGCAAAACUAAGUAGGUUUCCUGAAGUGUUGAUACAUUUUGUAAAUCGUUUAUUUUUAAGCAAGUGGAGAUUUCUCUUAAACCUAAAAGAGAGAAGCAAGAAUUGGUUUGUUUUAAAGUUUGCACGUUGUAUUUCAGUAGAAACCUACUAUUUGAAUAACUGUCUAUCUGCCUGUUUUGGGACAAUGUUGACCUGUAUCUUCAAUUACACUUCAGUGUGUAUCCCUGAACCAGAGUUUAUAGUUCUCAAUGUAGUAAGUUAACAUUACUGGAAGGAACACUGUGGGAAAACUAAUUGUAUACUGCAAAUUAUAGCUUGGUAUGUAUUUGAUAAAAUAAUUUUAAUGACAGUAUAGAAGACAUUUGAAGUUUUUGGUUAAAUUAUAUGAAACCAAGCUCUCUUUAAAUUGUACUUUAUUUCAACCCCAUUGUCAUGACACAGGCUUAAGACUUAGGUUUUUUUGGCAUGCAAAUAUAUUUGCUGUUCACAAUAAUUCCAUAUGAUUUUGAAAUGAUGGUUAACUAGGUUCUCUUUGGUAGUAUGGACUGUAGAUUUCCUUUGUAAAAUAAAUUUUAAAUUCUA